CAAUACAUUUAAAUUUUAAGACGAUAAUACGUUAUAACUUAUACAAAUGAUUUCAUCAGGGUUUAGCGGUGCUUUAAAAUUAACCGAUUUAGAUGACUUUAUUACUCCAUCCCAGGUAUUUUAAUCAACACAUUUUGUAAAUAUAUACUUAAUAGUAUAAAACAUUAUCACGAGUAUACGUAUUGUUUUAUUUCACAGGAAUGUAUAAAACCUGUAAAAUUUGAAAAGUCAUCACUUGGAACUGGAGCUAAAAUAAAAAUUGGAGAUGACGGUUCCUAUGUCCAAGAGUCCAAAGUAAAUUUUAAAAUAAAAAUAAAAAAAUUGUAUAAUUACUUUAAAGUAUUCUAAACAAAAUCUUAAUAAUAGAAUAUUAAAUUAAUUAUAUUUUUAGAAUGGCAAAAGUGAAAAAUUGAAACAAGUUGAAAUCUCAUUAACUGAUUGUUUAGCAUGUAGUGGUUGUAUAACUUCAGCAGAAACUGUUCUUGUCCAACAACAAAGUACUGAUGAAAUGAUGCGAAUUUUUGAUGCACAGAAUGUAUGUAAAUAUUGUUGGUUAUAUAAAAUAUAUAUUGUGGUAAUAAUUAAUAUAAUUAUUAAUUAGUAAUAACUUUCAUAAUUUAGACUCUGGACAAUAAAAAGUUCAUAGUCGUUUCCAUUUCUAUUCAAUCAUGUAUAUCAAUUGCAACAAGUAGAAAUAUUACAGUUGAAUGUGCCGCAUCAAAAUUAUGUGGUAAGUUUGAACUGUUAAUAAUUUAACUUUUAAGAAACCUUAAUUUUUAUUAACUAAAUCAACAUAAUUCAUAUUGUAUUGAUAAUUUGAUUGCUGUGUAUGCUUUUAUCAAACAAAAGUUAUUAUUUUGAAAAGUCUUAACUUUUUUCAAAAAAAAAGUUAUUUUGACAUUUUAAAAAAUAAGCAGCACCAAAAUUUUACAUUUUUAUUGAUUUUCAAUCUGCCACUUUUAUUAACAAUUUCAUAAUUAGCGUAUUAAUUUAAUAAUUAAACUAAUACGCUAACAUUAAUUAUGCUAAUUGACGAGAUAUUUCACAUUUAAGUUUGGUUAAUGGGAGAGUAGUGGAGUACUAUUGCAAUUUAUUUAUUAUAAAUAUUACUAAUAUCACCUCAGGGAGGCGUAUGAUGAUAUGGAUGUAGUGAACUUGAGACCCCAAACUCCUACUGGUAUAAGUUCAAGUGGGUUAUUCCAGUAGGCAUAUGAUGUUGUUUUUAUAUGGGGAGGAAUUCUCUUUGUAGUUGACAAUAUCAUUCUCCCUGUAGGAAGGCAUCAGAAUACUCCUACGGUACCUCUACCUGUUGUAAGAGGUGAUGAGAGGGGUUUUAUCAGGUCGACAGCCAGUGUAACAGUAUGAGGAGUUCUAUUUUGGAGGAUUGAACUAUCUCGAAUGUGUGCGGAGACAACAAGUCAGAAAAGGUAUCAGGAUGCAUGUUUGUGGAUGAUAUAGUUAUAGUAGAAGAAAAUCUGGAAUAAGUCAACAAUAGGCUUGAGGAUUGGAGAGUAGCACUUGAUGGAAAGGGAAUAAUGAUAAGUAGAAGUAAAACAGAGUAUGUGUUUAGAGGAACAGGAUGAGACAGUUAAUGACAAUAAGUGAUUGUAGGAGAGGUUGAGAAUUUUAAGUACCUAGGAUAGUAGGAUUUUUUGUACAAAAUAAUGGCAACUUUCAUGAGAAUGUCAAACAUAGGAUUAAGUGCAGUUGGAUAAAAUGGAGAGGUGUAUUAUGUUACAAGAGGAUUCCAGUAAGAUUUAAAGAUACUUAAUGUCUACAAGAGUGUGGUGAGACCGGCUAUAUUGUAUGAGUCUGAGUUUUGAGCAGUAGAUAGAAAAAUAGAACAAAGAUAAGAAUACUAAGGUGGAUGAGUGGAGUAGAUAAUGAAUGAAUACAUAAAGCAUAACUUUGAUAGUAGACAAAAUGAGAGAACUUAGACUGAGAUGGUUUGAGCAUGUCAUGAGAAGAGAAGAAUUAGAAGCAGUAGAAUGAUAAUGCAAAUAAAUUUUGGAGGAAUGAAGUGAAAAGGAAGAAUAAAAAAGAAGUGGUUGGAUGCGAUUGAGAAUGAUAUAAGGACAAUAGGUAUACACGAGGUGAAAGAUCUGGUGGAAAUUUAGAACUAGGGUGACAGACUUCUAAUAGUUGGAAUGAAGAUGAAAGAGAAUAGACUAAUAAGACUAAUUCAUAUUGUAAUAAGUGACAUAUAGACAUAUACAAAUUAAGUCUUUCUCUAAUGUUUUCAUAACCUAGGUUGUAAAUAUUUGUAGUGUAAUAUGUAUUACUUACUCUUUUAUCAACAUUUAAUUUAAUCUUAAAUCUUGUAUAAAAUAUUUGACUUAGUUUUAAUAGAAUAUAUAUAUAUGUGUGUUCAGUGGCGUAACUAAGGGGAACUACAGGGGUCACUCCAUUCACAGUAGUUCUUUUAUAAUUCUGUUAUGAUUGUUUAAUUUUUAUAUUACCUUAUUAUGGUAUAUACAUUUUAUUUUAAUUUAUUAUUGACAGAGUAAGUAUAUUAGUUUAUAAUGUGUAAUUUUGAGUUUGUUUUUAUUUUUUUUUGUUCCCUCCAUUGAGAAAUCUUGGCUACACCACUGUGUGCAUUAUUUUAAAUUACACUAUUUUAUUAUAUUUAUGAUCUAUGCAAUGCAUACCUAUGUAUUUAUAUGUAUUUAUUUUAUUAUUAUACAAAAACAUAUAUUUAAAGGAUAUUUCAAAAAAUUGGGUGCAAAUAUGGUACUAGACCUAAAACUUGCUGAAGAUUUAGCAUUAUUGGAAUCUCAGAAUGAGUUUAUAGAAAGAUAUAAAUCAGCUAAAGUUUCAAAUGUUCAAAAAUUAUUACCAAUGUUGGCAUCCUCAUGUCCAGGUGAAAUUAUCAAUCAGUGAUAUCAACUGGGUGACUGACAUAUAAAUAUUAAUUUGUUUUUGUGAAGGUUGGGUAUGUUAUGUAGAGAAAACACACGGAAAUUUUAUUUUACCAUAUAUUAGUCGUGUGAAAUCUCCUCAGCAAAUAAUGGGUUCGUUUAUUAAAGAUUAUGUUUCAAAAUUACAAAAUAAGUCUAGAUCAGAAAUAUACCAUUUGACAGUCAUGCCUUGUUUUGACAAAAAGCUAGAAGCAUCGAGAGAUCAAUUUUUUGAUAUUGACACUCAAACUAAAGAUGUUGAUUGUGUAAUCACAUCCAGUAUGUAUAUACAUUAAAUAUGUUGUUUUAAUAAUAAUGGUAUAUACCUACUUAAAAUUAAAUUUCAGUUGAAGUGGAUGCAUUAUGGACUAAACUUGAUAUUAUUUUUGAUGAUAUUGUCCCUGUACAAUUUGACACAGGUAUGGACAAUAAAUUGAAAGAUAAUUUUGAGUUGUUUACAAAUAGUGGUUCUGGAUCUGGGGGCUAUGCCCACCAUUUAUUUUGUCAUGCAGCUCAUGAAUUAUUUAAUAUCAAUAUUGAUAAAGUUGAAUUUAAACCUCUAAGGUUAGUAUUAACCUGUAAUUAAUUAUAUUACUAAUACAAAUUAUUCACUAAUAAAUUAAUUGGGAAGAUAUCUUGUAAUAGAAAUAUUGAUAUGAAAGAAGCUACAUUAGAAGUCGAUGGAGUUGUUGUACUACGUUUUGCCAUUGCGAAUGGAUUUAGAAACAUACAAAACCUCGUACAAAAAUUAAAAAGUAAAAGAUGUCCUUAUGAUUAUGUUGAAGUAAUGGCAUGUCCUUCAGGUAAAAUAUUAUAUUUCAUUAUUUUAAUAUUAGAAUUCCUUAUUUUUUAUUUUAUCUAUAAUUUAUAAAAUAAAGAUACAGAAAAAAUAUUAUUAUGAUAUUAAAAUAUAAUAUAAUAUUUUACUAUUCAAUUUUUUUAAGGUUGUUUGAAUGGAGGUGCUCAAGUAAAACAAGUAGAAUUUAAACCAAGUAGAGAAUUUACUAAUACUUUAGAGAAUACUUAUGAUGAGUUACCUAAAAGAAGUCCAAUACAAAACAAAAGUGUACAGUACUUAUAUUUAAAUUGGUUAAAUGAAAACAACAAAAACAAUUAUUUAUUUACAACAUAUCGUGAAAUUAAAAAAAAUGACCAACCCCUUAAUAUCAAAUGGUAAACAUAUUUUAAGUUUAUUA